GGUCUUUCACUGCUACAUCAAUUGGCUGGCUUUCCUCCAUGUGAAAUAUGGGAGGAGCAUGCAGGAAAAGUGAAACACUUGCAGCGAGGAAACAGGAGGAAAAGAGUAAUUUAGUCUUAAAGCGAAACAAAGUUUUCCUCAUUUGUAAAAAAAAAGCUUAAUUUCAAUUUAUGUUCUUUAAAAUAUUUUUCUACUGGAAUGGAACUUCUCUCUGUAAAAGUGAAAAAAGGAAGGUUGGAUAAAGCAGCUGAUGCAUUCAAAACCUAUGUUGUUUUGAAAGUCCAAAAUUUAAAAAGCGCUACAGUAGACAGAAGAGGAAGUGAACCUUGCUGGGAACAGGACUUCAUGUUUGAAAUCUGUGAUGAUGGAAAGGGCUUCAUUAUCGAGUUGUGGAAGAAAGGCUUGCUUUGGGAUAGCAUUUUAGGAAUUUUAUGGAUUCCCUUUGCAACUGUGGAACAUGCAACAGACGAAGGUCCAGGUUCCUGGUGGACAUUGCAUUCUGAAGUAAUAAAAAAUGGAAGUGAGAUUCAAGGCACAAAAACCCCAACUUCACAUGAGAUCUUACUGGAUGUCUACUUUGUGUUACCAUUUGAUACCCACAAAGAUUUAGAUUUCAGACGCUGGCACAGAGGGCCAUCCCUCCAAGAUACAAGACAUUCAUAUGAAGAUACAUAUGAUAGCCUGUCAUCCAUGGAAAGUGAUUUCAGCAUACAAGAAAGCAAACUAAGGUAUUCUGUCAUUUAUUUAUGUCAUCUGUGA